UGAAGGGUACUGAGCAUAGAAGAUUCCUUCUCUGUUACCUCCCUUCCUCCUACCUUCUUAUUUUUUCUUUUUCCUUUCACUUCAUCUUAACUUCUUCUCUCUUUGGAUCUUUCAAACCGAAAAGGUACGGAACAGUGAUUAUACAGGGCUGUUGUGGAACGCUCAGAGAACGAAACUUGCAUUCUCUCUAUCUCUAUAGCAUUAGGCGUGAAAUUUUACAUUUAGGUAUUCAAUUGAUCAAUUAGGGUUUCAGUAUGGCGUCCGAUCAAGACUCCCCAACGGAAGCAACAAAUUUUCCAGUCUCGCCAAAGAACGUGUAUAAGGACCCAGAUGAUGGCCGCCAGCGCUUCUUGCUUGAGCUCGAAUUUGUUCAAUGCCUUGCUAAUCCUACUUAUAUUCAUUAUUUGGCUCAAAAUAGGUAUUUUGAAGAUGAAGCAUUUAUUGGAUACCUCAAAUAUCUUCAAUAUUGGCAAAGGCCAGAGUACAUAAAGUUUAUCAUGUAUCCUCAUUGUCUCUUCUUUCUUGAGCUUCUUCAAAACGCGAACUUUCGAAAUGCAAUGGCACAUCCUGCAAACAAGGAGUUGGCACAUAGACAACAGUUUUACUUUUGGAAGAACUAUAGAAACAACCGGCUGAAGCACAUAUUACCAAAGCCACUUCCUGAACCUGGUAGUGCACCUUCAGCUUCUGUGGGCCCACCAUCUUUGCCGACUACAACAAUAACAUCUGUUCCUCCAGUUCCUUCUCCAGCUGUUACUCAAGCUCCUUCCCCUAUGCAGUAUGGCAUGGGUUCCGGAUCCUUCGUGAAGAAUGAUCCAAGAAAUAGUGGAGUUGAUAGAAGGAAGAGAAAAAAAACUUGCCUCGUUAAAAUUACAGAAGAAAGAUGGGUGAUUCAAACAUUGCCUGGGAAUACAGCUUUUUAGUGGUUGUAAUAGAAUAGCCAAGGGUGAUGUCUGUUUCCUGGGUUCAAUGCAUGUGCCAGUAGGUUGACGCAUCCAAAACUCUCUUCAGACUUGAGGGUCUUAUUAAUUCUUUGGUAGAUAACAUGAUGUUAAGUACUUCCUUUCUUCGUAGCUGAUUUCAAUUUUCCUGGAUUUUGUCGCUACUCUUUAAUGAUAUGGUUGUUUACAAGUUUAUCUACAAAUGUAUGUCUGUCUUUUCAUGUAUGCAUCGAGAUUAUUGGGUUUAGGAGUUCUGUAAUUAGCCUUGUUUUGAUCAGGAAAUUUCUUGGUGUAACAUUGCGAAGCUGAUGAGUGAUUUAUAAGAUGAAAAAGCAAGGAUUGUGAUUGUAGGACAUAGAUGGAGAGGUUAACCAACGGGGAAAUGAACACUCAUUCCCCCUCCAAAGGAAGAGUCGGAUACUCGAUCAGUAUUGGUCGGCAAUGUGAGU